CCUACCGAACGCACAAAACCAGACUCACGACCGGCAAAAGUGUUUUCGGCGCAUUACGCUGUAUUUCCAACUGGCGCAAUAAUCAGUUCAGUUCUGCCAUUGAGCAGCGGAGGAAUCGAACUGCUUGUUUUGACAGUGCGUCAUUCACGGCAGCUCUUCACGUGAGAGUCUUAUCGUUUCGAAGCAUGACAACGGACGUGAGCGUCGAUCCAAAUCGAAGUUGGAUCAAUGUGGACUAUUUUACGCAAGUUCUCGAGAAGUAUUUCGGCAUCGACGUUGUAGUGAUAAGUUAUUACGUGGAAGAUGGAUCGCCCAAAGGUCAAAACUUCAUGAGCUCGAUAAUACGUGCCACUGUAACGUACUGCCGUUGCGAUGAUGAAUGGUGCACGAUUUCGUUGAUAUUGAAAACCGGGUUGCCCAAUCCGGAAUUAGCCAGAAAUGUUCAGUACGUACUAGCGAUAGAGAAGGAUAUCUACGGACCAGUCAUGCGAGGAAUCCGAGACCUUCUAACCAGUUUUGGAGAUUACAGCAGAUUUGCGCCGAAGAUGUUUUACGAAGACAUUAAUGCACUGGUCCUGGAAGAUUUGGCGGUCAAAGGUUAUACACAACCGGACCGAAAGACAAGGCUAGAUAUGAGACACUGCAAGCUGUUGAUACGAAAGAUAGCCAAAUUUCAUGCUGCGACAGCUGUCUUGGGUCGUAAGAACCGGCAACUCUUCCAACUACACAUGACUAGUGGAUUUUUGGACCAAACAAAUGCAAUCCGCUUGUUCUACUUGAACUGCAUAUCGGAGUGUAUUUCGUUGACUGAAACUGUUCCCGAGCUUAGUGAUUAUCGUGAUUUUCUCUGUAAUUUUUCUAAAACCAUGAUCGAACGCGAAUGCGAUACCUUCUCUCGCGAAGAGAAUGGAUUCAACGUUCUGAACCACGGAGAUCUUUGGCAGAACAAUGCUUUGUGGCAGUACGACAAGGAAGGGAACUUGCAGGAUGUUCUACUGCUCGACUAUCAGGAAUGCUUUUUUGGAUCACCGGGCAUUGAUCUGAAUCAGUUUCUCUACUCGUCAGCCAACAAUGACGUGCAACUGAACGGAUUUGACGAUCUCAUUGAGAUUUACGUCAGUGAACUUCAAUCGACCUUGAAAAUGCUUGAAUACGACUCAGACAUACCAACGUUUGAUACAAUUCUUAACGAGAUGAGAAAAAAGCGUGACCAUGCUGUAGUCGUGACAACUUGUAUGGUGCCGGCGCUAAUCAUCGAGGUACCGGAGCUAGCCACACCUGAAAAUAUGCUUGAAGAUAGUGAUCAGGCCAGAAGGGCACGACGCGAGGUUUUCUCCAAUCCAAGAUUUAUAGAAAUUUUGAAAAUUUUGCUACCCCGGUUGGCUGGUGAUUGCGAAAAUGGAUCGAACGAGCAUUCGAUUUUGGACACCGAGGUGCGGAUGUACAGCGAAGUCUUACCGGCAAUGAUGAAAACGCUGGGGGAUGUUGGAGAAAGCAUUGAUUUUCCCAGAUUGAUCCAUGCGAGCCCCAAACCCAAUACAAUCCUUAUUCUAGAAAAUGUUCAUCCCAUGGGUUGGUUAUCGUUUAAAAAGUACAGAAGCACGUACGAAGAUGUUUCCGCAACAAUUCAGACCAUCGCCAAGUUUCAUGCAUUAUCAUAUUACUUGAACGAAACGUCAAUUGAUCUCUCAACCUUUAAAUCAACGAUGACGAAAGAAACGGAGAACAAAGACCAAAUUACCGAUAGUUUCACAAGCUUCGCGAAUCAUGUAGGAACCUGGACCGACUGUGAACAAUUGGCCUCGAAAUUACAGACCCUCAAAACAACGGUGCAGGAAAAGCGGAAUCUGUUGCAUAAACCAAAUUCCAAAUCACAUGGCUACAACGUUCUGAAUCAUGGUGCAAUCCAUCCAAAAAAUCUUUUUUACAAAGUCAACUCCACCGGUCUAGUCACGAAGACGAUGCUAAUUGAUUUUCAACGAUGCCACUGGGGAUCGCCGGCCAUCGAUUUGCUAUGUUUACUUGAUUUGGUCGUCAAGCAUGACGUUAAACUGACCAAGCGGAAUGAAAUCAUCUACCAGUACUAUCAACACUUUGUGAACACACUAAACAAGAUUGGGUUCUUAGGCACCGUUCCGAGUUUGGUGGAUUUGCACAUAGAGCUGCUGAGAAAAGGAUUAUUCGGAACACUCGUGGAUACAUUGAUCAUUGGAACAUUGACCGCGGUCUGUUGCACGACGUCCCCCAAUCGCAAUCUGUUGGCCAUGGAAACAAACAAUAUUAUAGAAAAGUAUUCUUAUAUCACUAGAGAAUACUUGGAGGAUGUUCUACGCAAGGAGCAAUGCGAAAGUGCUAUUAACGUCAAAGAUUUUAGUGUAGUGAUGGCGUUAGCAAAAGGAGAAAACUAUUCCAGUGAUAUAUUACGAGUUAAAGUCAACUAUGUUACUGGGAGCAACAAUCACAGAACUCAAACAUAUAUCAUCAAGUCUCAAGUGAUCACCGAAGGAAUGGCCGAUAUACUCGAGGAGUACGACGUUUUUCAUCGAGAGAUUGCAGUAUAUAAUAAUGUUAUGCCUAAGGUCGAACAAAUCCUAGCUGAGAUAGGCUAUACGAAUAAACUGGCUCCUAUUGCACACAUGAUUGGAAAGACGAAUCCAAAACAUUUCAUUUUCGAAGAUUUAACCCAAUACGGUUUUCGAUCCGCCGACCGGAAGCAAGGACUCAAUUACCAUCAAUUGGAAAUGGUAUUGGAAAAAGUAGCGAAAUUUCAUGCUGCAACGGCAGUACUUUACAGCAGGGACGAACAGACCAUGAAAGAUCAUCACUAUCGUAAUAUCAACGAAGAUGUGCAGCAUUUUUACUCACUUUUUCAAAACAGUAUGGUGAGUUGUGCGGAACAGGCACAAAACUGGGCAUCUACUCCCAAAUGUAUUACCGAGAAGGUGUUCAAUCUCGAAAAAACUGUCAUUUCAAAGGGUUGUCAGGUGUAUACCCGCGAUGAUUCCACGUUCAACGUUCUUAACCACGGAGAUCUGUGGGUCAAUAAUAUAAUGUACAAAUUCGAUGGAAGGGGUAAUCCCAUCGACUGCAUCCUGGUUGAUUAUGCCGUCGGAUUCUUCGGUUCGCCCGCUAUCGAUCUUAGCUAUCUGUUGUUCACUUCUUCGUCCGAUGAUGUGACAACUGAUCAGUUCGACCUACUGCUACAACACUACCAUUCGGAACUUGUAGAUUGUUUAACGAAACUUGGCUACAGCAAGAAAAUGCCCACCUUAAUCGACAUUCAGGUAGAAAUGCUGCGGAAAGGAUUCGCAGGAAUCAUGUUCGUAACAUUCUUGAUACCGCUUCGAUUGAAUGAGGAUACGGCAAAUGCGGACUUGGGUAAUUUACUAGGGUCUUCUGAAGAGGCGAUUCAGUUCCGACGGAAUAUGUUCAGCCAUCCGAAGUACAAAGGAAGAAUGGAAUAUCUGUUGAAAUAUUUUGACCGGAAAGGUUACCUUGAUUGAAGUGUAAUAAACAUUUUAGAAAUGACUUCUAACAA